AUGCAAAUUUCACCCAGUCAGCAGCAAUUCCCCAAAAACUGUUCUCAAAUGGAUUCGUUGAAGAAUCGGAGCGCAUUUCUCCAAACCAUCUAUCAGUACUUCUGCAACACAACCUUCGGAAAGCAGAACCUCAGCUGGAAUAACACCAUCCCGGAGGACUUUUUCAUGAGCAAAGAGGAGCUGCUGUUGAAGUAUCUGGGUCCCAGGAGAUCGUCCUUUUUUGUGCCAGUCUGUUUGAUUUAUCUCUGCAUCUUUGUGGUCGGCGCUUUUGGAAAUGCACUAACCUGCAUCGUUAUAGCGAAGCACAAAGUGAUGAGAACCCCUACGAAUUAUUACUUAUUCAGCCUGGCCAUUUCCGAUCUCUUGGUGCUGAUUCUGGGCAUGCCGUUGGAACUCUAUGAAAUGUGGAGGAAUUACCCGUUUCUCCUCGGUCAAGCGGGAUGUCACUUUAAAACCUUCCUUUUUGAGACGGUUUGCUUUGCCUCAAUACUAAACGUGACGGCCCUCAGUGUUGAGAGAUACAUCGCCGUCGUGCACCCCCUUAAAGCAAAGUAUGUUGUGACCAGAACUCACGCCAAACGGGUAAUCUUAACGGUGUGGCUGAUUUCUUUCUGCUCAGCCAUCCCCAACACCAACCUCCACGGCAUCUAUUAUCUGAGUACCCCGUUUGGGGAACACAUUGAAGAGUCCGCUAUCUGCGUGCUGUUAAAGCCAGCCUGGAUGUACAGUCUCAUCAUUCAGAUCACCACGGUGCUGUUUUUCUUCGUCCCGAUGAUCAUUAUUAGUAUGCUGUACUUACUGAUUGGAUUGCAACUGAAGCGAGAGGAAGUAAUUUCUGACUUCAAACCAGGAUUGGGAAAUGCCAACUACCAAACCCCGCGCAUGGAGCAAGAGAAGGUCAGGAGGAGCCAAGUUACCAAAAUGCUCAUUGUUCUGGUGAUUGUGUUUGGAAUCUGCUGGGCACCUUUUCACACAGAUCGGUUAAUGUGGAUUCUGAUAAACAACUGGACUGAAGAAUUGCACAGGUUGUAUCAGUACGUACAUAUUGUCUCGGGUGUAUUCUUCUACUUUAGCUCAGCAAUCAAUCCUAUUCUAUACAACCUUAUGUCUACUCGAUUCAGAGAGAUGUUUAAAGAGGUGAUGUGUAGCCGAAAGUUCCAAAGUUCCAAACCUGGAUGGUAUUCUGCAAGUUUAACCAGGAUGACAACCCGCAGCACUGUAUUGGAAUCUAGUCCCUGUAAUGGAAUACCAUUGUCUGACAUUGAAGACUGUGAGUAA